AUGCGUCUCUCUGCACUCCUUUUCUUUCUGCUGUGGGUUAAAGCCCUGACAUUGAAAAAUCUCAAUUAUUCGGUCCCGGAGGAGCAAGGACCCGGUACUGUUAUAGGCAAUAUAGCAAAAGAUGCCGGAUAUGGGACCAUCGAGAGGGGGAAAAAAUCCAACUUCAGAGUACUGGAGAAUUCUGCUCCACAUCUGGUGGACGUUGACCCGGAGAGUGGACUCAUCUUCACCAAACAAAGGAUUGACAGGGAAACGUUAUGCAGGCGCAACCCAAAGUGCCAGCUCUCUAUGGAGGUGUUUGCCAACGACAAGGAAAUAUGCAUGGUCAAGAUUGAUAUACAGGACAUAAAUGACAACUCGCCCAGUUUUCCUUCAGAUCAUGUGAAUAUUGAUAUUUCAGAAAAUGCAGCUGCUGGGACACGCUUCCCCCUCACUAUUGCACAUGACUCUGAUUCUGGGGAAAAUGGGAUAAAGACUUACCAGGUCACGAGAGAUGAUUACAAUACAUUUUCUUUGGAUUUAAAAGUGAGGGGUGAUGGGACUAUAUAUCCAGAGCUGGUGGUUCAGAGACCUCUGGAUAGGGAGGAUCAGAGCCAUCACACCCUCCUCCUCACAGCAAUUGAUGGCGGGGAGUAUCCAAGAUCAGGCUCCAUGCAAAUCAACGUCAGAGUGACUGACUCGAAUGACAAUAGCCCAGUGUUUGAGAAAUCCUCUUAUGUGAUUGAGAUUCCAGAGAAUUCGCCUCCUGGAAAAGUGCUCAUAGAUUUAAAUGCCACUGACCAAGAUGAGGGAAGCAAUGGGCAGGUGGUCUAUUCCUUCACUGGAUAUGCAUCCGAGAGAAUCCAAGAUUUAUUCUCCAUUGACUCCAAUACUGGCAUCAUCAAGGUCCAGGGAGAAAUUGACUAUGAGGUGAAUCCAAUCAUCGAGUUUGAUGUUCAAGCUAAGGAUCUCGGACCCAACCCAAUUCCAGGCCACUGUAAAAUAACUGUCAAAGUGCUUGACAAAAAUGACAACUCGCCAAUAAUAAGUUUUGUCUCUGUCCGGCAGGGAGCCAUCAGUGAGGCCGCACCUCCAGAAUCUGUCAUAGCGCUUGUGAGAGUGACAGAUAAAGACUCUGGCCGAAAUGGUCAACUUCAGUGCAGGGUGCUGGGCAAUGUACCCUUCAGACUGCAGGAGAACAAUGAUAAUUUUUACACGCUGCUCACAGACAGACCCCUGGACAGGGAAAUGAAAGAUGAAUACAAUGUAACAAUAGUGGCGAGAGACAAUGGGAUCCCGUCUUUAAACUACACUAAGUCGUUUACUGUGAAAAUAUUGGAUGAGAAUGACAACGCGCCACGCUUUACAAAGACACUGUAUGUGCUACAGGUGCCUGAGAACAACAUCCCGGGGGAAUAUUUGGGCUCUGUUCUGGCUCACGACCCAGAUGUAGGUCGAAACGGAACAGUGUUGUACUCCAUUCUACCAUCACACAUAGGAGAUGUUUCCGUGUAUACCUAUGUAUCUGUCAAUCCCACCAAUGGAGCCAUAUAUGCCUCACGCUCUUUUAAUUACGAGCAAACUAAAUCCUUUGAGUUCAAAGUUCAAGCUAAAGACGGAGGAUCCCCUCACAUGGAGAGCACUUCUAUAGUAAAGGUCAAUAUCCUCGACGUCAACGACAAUCUCCCCGUUAUUAUUUUACCCCUUCUGCAGAAUGAUACUGCUGAAAUACCAGUGCCUAGAAACGUAGGUAUUGGAUACAUCGUGGCUACAGUGAAAGCGGUAGACCAUGACCAUGGAGAAAGUGGACAUUUGACCUAUGAGAUCACAGAGGGAAACGACGACCACCUGUUUGAGAUGGAUCCGGUGGGAGGGGAGGUCAGAACGGCUCAUGCUCUUUGGGAAGAGGUCGCCCCAGUGGUUGAGCUGGUGGUGAAGGUAACUGACCAUGGCAAGCCCCCCUUAUCUGCCGUGGCUAAACUGAUCAUUAAGGCAAACACAGAAACGGCAGCAGGAGGGGGCUCCAGCCCGAGCGGGGAACAGCAGCAGUGGGAUGUAUCUCUGCCCCUCAUAGUUACCCUCUGCAUUAUCUCUGUCAUGCUCUUAGCAGUCAUGACCGCCAUUGCUGUCAAGUCCAAACAUCAAGAUAAGGAGACCGGGAAUUAUAACUGCCGUAUGGCUGAGUACUCCAAUCCUCCAGUGGGGAAAGGCAAAAAGAAAAGGAUCAACAAGAGUGACAUCAUGCUGGUGCAAAGUGAGAUGGAGGAGAGAGAUUCUGCGAGCCGGAUGAAUGUGGUGAGCAGUCCUUCUCUCAUCACUUCACCAAUAUGUUUUGACUACCAGAGCCCUCUGCCGCUCACACUGCCCAGGUCAGAGGUCAUGUACCUGAAAACCACCCCAAACAGCCUGACAGUCCCAAGGGCAGGUUGCCACUCCAGCUUUGCCGGGCUUAGCACAGACACUCCAGCGAAUAGGAUGUCGGUGAUCCAGACAGAAAAUUUCCCCUCAGAGCCCAAUUAUGCUGGCAGCAGGCAGCCAUUUGUUCAAAGCUCAACAUUUAAGGAUGCAGAACGAGCAAGCCUCCGAGACAGUGGCCAUGGUGAUAGUGACCAGGCUGACAGUGACCAGGAUACUAAUAAAGGCUCACACUGCGACACGUCUGCUAGGGAGGCCCUCAAGAUGAAAGCAACAGCAGUUAAUGGCCAGCCUUUUGAGCAGGAGCAAGACAAAUCAGUCCACUGCACCGAUGAAUGUCGUGCACUGGGACAUUCUGACAGAUGCUGGAUGCCAAAGUUACGGGUAGGAAGCCAAGCAGACAGCGCCGAUAAUCGCACCAACCUUUUCAUCCCUGUGGGAAUGGAUGCCAUGGUGGAGACAGAGAUUUAUGGCACCAUCAGUUGCAGCAGCAGAAAAACCCUCAGCACGUUUGGAAAGGAGCAACGGGACAGUACAAUCCUCGUGGCCAAUGUCAAACCUUACUUAAAAUCGCAGCGUGCACUAAGCCCACCGCUACAGGAGAGUCCAUCUGUGGCCAGUAGUCCCACCAAGAGUAGUAUGCCCCUGGACUUGGCCAACCAAGAGUCCAAAGAGGAGAGGGAGGGCGGUUCAGACAGCAGUGCCUAUGGCCCUCCAGAUGGCCAGUGCUCCCCACUGCACACAGAGUUGGAGGAGCCCUCCUACCUGACCCGAGAGCUCCGGCCUAAGUCCCUGUCUAGCAGCCUCAUUCACAGCUCCGUCAUCAGCCAGGAGUGCGGGGGGUCCGAUUGUGCUUUCGACCCACGGGACUCUGGUAACUGA